UACACAUUACCAGUGGUGUGGAGAAAAAAAAACACACAGGUGUGUUACAGCAGCAAAGUUUAAUUUGCAAUCGAUUCUAGCUGGAACGGAUCUAUAAUUGGUUCCCAAUAGCUGAACUGACCGUAAUAACACACGUUUAUUUAGCGGAAAUUGGAAGAGUCCCUAUUGCUGUACCUGAAGUGGAAAAGUUUGAUUACGAAGGAGUUCAUACCUUUUAUUCCAUUACUAUCGAUUGGUCGGUUGGCAAAAGACGAAGAAAAAAGGGUCUGGAAAAUUGUAUGUAAUUGUCGUGAAACGUCAUAUGACAGCAAGUUGAAACUAAAUAGUGGAGGUUCUCAAAAAGUAGUAUAACAAGAUUCCAAGGUCACUGCAAAAUGUCUAGUCAAAUUCCUCCGCUAUUCUGCCAAACCCCACCUCCGAUUGAUUUUGGUAACGAUGAAGAUGAUGAUGUGGAUCUGCCAGAUCCUGACGAUGAUGAAUUCGACGAUUUUAGUUCGAUUCCGCCUACUUCAGUUGGAUCCGAACUACCAACGCCUGUCCCAUCGCCAUUUCGAAAUUAUGGUGCACCAGCUGGAAACAUCGAGUCACCUAUUUCUCAAGAUGAAACCAUUCAAAUCCACAAUGAAGCAUCGCUAACCAUUCCAUUGACUGUGAUAGGAAACGAUUCGCCACAAGACCAAUCGCGGGUCGAAAGUCCUCCUUCUUUAGUAUUGUCUCAGCAUAAUUAUUCCGAGAAUGACGUUCCUAGCGAGGACGAAUUCCAAGACUUUGCUUUCCAUCCGCACACAGUUGAAAAAGACACGGAUAUUCCACCAGGAACAGAGGACAACAUCAGCAUUCCAUCUUUACAUCUGGACACGGUAUCAAAAUCAGAGACUCCGGUACAACUGUCAGAAAAUGAAACGAGUGAUCCAGAUAUCUCGGCACAGGAAGUGGAUAUGGAGAAUGUUGAACCAGGACCUAUAGCAGAAGUUGCUGUUGCACCUAUGGUUGCCGAAGAUCCCUACUAUCGAUGCGAUGAUAACACAGAGAAUGAUUUCACUGACUUCACCACGGCAUCCAACGAAAGGUCUGCGGUUUUGGAAAUACCAACAGCCAACGAUGUAUCAUUCGAUGACGACUUUGCUCAGCUUGAGUCAACGCCUUCGGCAGAUAGCAAUUUCGUUUCACAAAGUAAAACUGAUUUCGCUACAUUCGAUGCUGAUUUUAGCAAAUUCGAUUCGUUCCAAGGAUCAUUCCCGGUUACGUUUGAUGAAUCUGGAAGUGUUCCCAAAGAUAUCUCUUCCACCAGAACCAAUGCAGAGGAUAAACCAACUCGAGAAACACCAAGGGAGAACGAGCUGUCGUACGAUGAGUUUGCCGACUUCCAAGAGUAUGCCAAAUUUCCAACAGAAAACACCUCCAAACAAGUGGAAACGAUUCCAAUCGUUGAUCAAGAACAGUCUAGUAGUGUCGUAGAAUAUGACAACGAGGAUGAUGAUGAUGGUGACGAUGAUGACUUCGGAGAUUUUAGUGAUUUUAAGCAAUCUGAAGUAGCGCCGGUCGCUACAAGCAUUCCAACUUCUCGAUCAUCUCACUUUACACAGGAAAGUAUUCUAAAUGUUAUCACCGGAAUGUUUCCAGCUUGUGCAGAAGAACCACAGAGCGAUACCGGCCAGAGCGAUAUACUACAGGAUAAAGUGUAUCACGAAUUGAAAGACAUGGAUUUCAGUCGAGCAUUGAGCUUCCAGUACAAUAAUUCCGAGAGCAGCGCAUCGCUUGUUCGGGCGCUUGGAAUUGAUUCGAGAAAUAUUUUAUUUGGUCCCAAGUGGAACAGUUCCAUGCCUCGUUUCGCAGCAAAUCUCAGCUUUAGCCCUCUGGAACCUCUGAAGCCAAAUUCGGUCAGUUUUACAGCUGACACAACUAGCAACAGUAUUAUGACUGGUUCCUGCCGGAGUGGUAAAACGGACGACACGAGUAAACAUCUUGCGUUCGGUCUAGAUCCAUUGCAACCGGACAACGAAAAAGCCGUAUUGCAGCUCACCAGCAGUAGUGCACCUGGAAUGGUUCCGGCCGUGCAGUUCGAUUGGAACAGUUCUGGUCUCGUGAAUCCACUAGAAGCAUCACACGCACACACAUUAUUAUUGGACCUAGAACAGCUAGAGGUGAUGGCUAAUCUUAAAGAUAAAAUAAAUAUUGAUUCCUCCUCCUCCUCAUGUAACGCUUAUACUGUGCAAACGUUACCAUCAACUACAUCGCUAAUUACUACAAUGACACCCACCAUCACUGCAACAACAAUAAUGGCUAAUAAUUGCAACAAUCGUAACCAAUCAAAUAACGGCGGUGGCAUGUCACUGUUGGAUGAUAUGAAUCUGGUUUGCAUCAAUAAUCCUCCAUUGCCGCUUGAACCAACAUCUGCAUCAUUUCCCUGUGCUGUUGCUGUUAACACUUGCGGUGCGUCGUCGCGUUUUUCUUCGACCAUGACUGUAACAACCGUAACAACAACCGCUACAUUACCAUCACCAUCUUCGUCUAUAACCAUAAAUCCAACAACAAUAACAACAAUAACAACAUCAACUACAACCAAAAACACAUUAUCUUCUGCGCAUGGCGAUGACCACGCCGUACUCACCCCUGAACGCACCACCACUAACAAUCUGCAAUCGUUUGAUUAUUAUUUGGAUCUUAGUGUACAAGAGAUCCUCCAGGAAGGUGGCACACACCAGCCCUACAAGGAUGGGCCAAAGGGCGAAGUUUUGGAUAAGAAAAUCCCAGAAAACUCAGGCUCGUUUACUUCAGAUGCAGUAAGGCUGCCGCCUCCGCAUGUAAUAUGUAUCGAAAAAGCAAUUGCCGAUGAAGCUCAUUCUUUGCAUUAUAGCAAUGGUAGUAGUGACGACAUUAACAAUGAUGACAAGUUUGAGCUCUGCAAUAGCAGCAAUGAAACACCGUCAAUUCUUCCGAGUGCAUCUCCCACUUCGAUUCCGCGAGAAGCUUUGUCACCGGUGGAUUCGGUGCUCGCGGAGCAUUCCUCAUCUUCAUCCACUGUUUUGGCUCCCAACAAUCUUGUGCGAACAAUCAAGUUGCCAGAAACGCAUAUAUUUACCCCCAGUAAAUGUGUGAACCCUAUAUCGCGAGAUUCUACCGAUCGAACGGAGGCAUAUGUAGGUGAUCCGCGGGCCGGUGAUGAUUUAGACAAAACCAUAGUGUUUCGGGAGUAUCAUGAUGUGGAGUACAGUUUGGAAAAAAGUACAUCGAAAAAACAGGGAAGUUUACCUAAUCCAACUAAAAACGAGGAGGGUAUCGAUGAUUUCUGUGACUUUCAGACGGUAGGUAGUAGUAAUAUUAGCUUGGGUGCAAAUAAAAAAGAGAGGGUGAACGAACCGUGGUGUUCAGAAUCACAUCUGGACAGCCGAAGAGAGCUCAAUACCAGGGAUAAAAAAAAAUCAAUAAAUAAUUAUUCCAAACCAGUGUUCGGCAAAUCUCCUACUGAAGAAUUAGACCAAAUGGACGAGGAAUUUUGCGAGUUUCAAACAGCCACCCCUGCUACAGCUAACACCAAAACGAUAAUAAACAAACCGCUGACGAAUGUUGCGGGCGAACAAAUCAGAUCAAAUACCAGUUCCCCGAUGUUGCUCAGUCCAUCGAUUCUUCUGCCUCAACAGGCAAACCCCACACCGACAACAGAGGCAACGAAAGCUACACAAAUCAAUUGGCCAGAUCCUGGUAUUGAUCCUGAAGAAAUGGCUAGAUUUGAGGCAGCAUUUCCGCAAUCUAAACCCAUCACUUCGAUCACAUCUAAUUAUUCUACACCGAAGCACAAUAAUUCCACAAGUGCGGAAAGCGAUGAUGAAUGGACGGAUUUUGUUUACUCCAAACCUGCAGCUGAGCCAACGGUACCGUCAGAAACUCAAGCUACUACCUGUCCCGAUAGUAACCAACCAGAAGAAUGGACUGAUUUCAUCUACAGUACUCCCUUGCCACAGAAUUUGUCUUCUAGUCACAACAGUUUUAACUAUAAAUUGGAAGGACCACGAUUCAACUCCUGGAAUCAACCACAGCUUGCUCCACCACAAUUCAGCUCUUGGAACAGCAGUAACUUUUACUACAACUUACCGGGUAGCACCAACAAUAAUUACACAAAACCUCCUACUCGAACCCACAAAGUGCCAACAUUUCCUCUCGGUCAUGGGUCACUUCCAAUGAACAACUAUCACCAUACAGCAUCACAGUCAGCAACGAUUCCCUCCAAUCAAUCCCAACGUAUGGGACAGUCAAACCUCCCGGGUAUUUCGCAAUUACCUGAACUAUCGUUCAUCACUCCGAACUCAUCUGCUGGCGGUAACACAGCACCCGGAGUGAAACCACUCGCUCACUCCUUUCUCAACAGCGUCAUAUCGAGUAAUAGUUUUGCAAAGAAAUGAUUAUUACUCUACGGCAGUGGAAGUGGUGAAACCACUGCAGGUGGAGGCGUUGUCGUUGGCAGGAGUGGCAGUUGUAGUAGUAGCAGUAGUAGUAGUAACAAUAGUAGUAGAUGUAAUGCUUACCGUGUGCCACGUCGCUUCCGGCAAGCGCCGGAAUCCGCGGAUCCACUGCAGCAGCAGGUUCUCGUGGUAUCUGCCGCUACCUCUGUCGGCGUCACUGUGGGAGAUGUUAUCAUGUAAAUAUUUGCAAAUCCCCAAAACAUUACACCUGCGUAGACAACAACAAAAAAAACAGGUUCUGCAGGACGUUAGAAACCUUCAAUUGUGAAAAGUUGUAAUAAAAUAUUAUAGGCGAAAUUUUUUAUAGUAAAUUAAAAAAAAAAUCUACUUGGGCUUACAUUUAUUUUUAAAAUUUUAGACGUUUCUCACAUUUUAGAGCUUAUAUUUAAUAUGUUCCCAUCAAUUUGUUAUUCGAUUUUAUCCACCAGGAUAAGUACCAAAAGAAUGUAGCAAUACAUGAUUUAAGAAACAGCUGAAAGUUGUGUUAUGUACUUAAUUUAAAUGUUAGGAAAUGAUUGUUUUCCAUCAAUAAAUCAUGAGGAAAUUAUUCAGAAAAAAGAAAGCGAGAAUUGGUACAAUAAGUGUAGCUGGACGAAGAGAGCAGCAAUAGACUUGUUUGCGUUGCGAAGCUAGUUCGAGAUAAACGAAACCAUUUUUAAUCAAUAAAGGAAAUACAUUAUUUAUUUAGAGAAA